AUGAAACAAAAAUUCACAUUUAUGUCAACUAUAUCAUCAUCAGGUUACAUAUCGGAAACAAAAUUAGAUAUUAUUGCUUUUGCAAAUGGUAAUCCAGCAAAUAAAACAAAAGCAAAAUUAAGUAAAAACAAUCGAUAUUUAUUCGGUUCUGAUAUUGCUGAUUUAUUUACUAAACGACAUAAUUAUGAAUUACAACGUUGUUCACAAUUCUAUUCGUUGGCAAGUGUUUAUAAUGAAACAUUAACAAAAGACAAACAUCGAAUGAAAAUAAAAGAUAUGAAAAAAAUUUAUUCGACUGGACGAAAAUAUAUUUUACGAUUGUUUAUAUGUUCUUAA